AUGGGAUCAGACAUGGAACAACUGUUUCCUGAUUGGAAUUUUGAAGAUAAUUUUCACAUGUCCACCAAUAAAAGAUCAAUCAGACCAGAAGAUGAACUAGUGGAGCUAUUAUGGAGAGAUGGUCAAGUGGUUUUACAAAGCCAGGCUCGUAGAGAACCAUCAGUCCAAGUCCAAACUCAAAAACAUGAUCAAACCCUACGAAAACCCAACAAUACGUUUCUUGACAACCGAGAAACAGUACGAAAACCUAACAACACCACUGUUCUUGAAGAUCAAGAAACCGUCUCAUGGAUCCAAUACCCUCCUGAAGACGUAGUCGAUCCCUUCGAAUCCGAGUUCUCCUCCCAUUUCUUCACUUCGAUCGAUCACCUCGAUGGUCAAGAGAAGCCGCGGGCGACGGAAGAGACGGUUAAGAACGAGGCUCAAAAAGUCAUGGCUCCUCCUAAGUUUAGGUCCUCAGUUUUAACCGUCGGACCAAGCCACUGCGCGAGCAACCAGUCUACGAACGAUCAUCAAGUGACUACACUUCCAGUUUCUAUGAGUGAAAGAAGCAAGAACGUCGAAGAAAGACUUGAUACUUCGUCGGGUGGCUCGUCCGGCUGCAGCUACGGAAUGAACAGCAAAGAAACCGGCAGUGGAAGAAGCGUAACCAUUGACCGUAAAAGAAAACAUGUAAUGGACACUGAUCAGGAAUCUGUGUCUCAAUCUGAUGUACGUUUGAUGUCAACUGAUGAUCAAGCCAUGGGUAACAAAUCGAGCCAACGGUCAGGAUCUACCCGAAGAAGCCGUGCGGCUGAAGUUCAUAAUCUCUCAGAAAGGAGGAGGAGAGAUCGGAUCAAUGAGAGAAUGAAAGCUCUUCAAGAACUCAUACCUCACUGUAGUAAAACAGAUAAAGCUUCGAUUUUGGAUGAAGCCAUUGAUUACUUGAAAUCACUUCAAAUGCAACUCCAAGUGAUGUGGAUGGGAAGUGGAAUGGCGGCGGCGGCUGCAGCCGCAGCGACUCCGAUGAUGUUUCCCGGCGUACAGUCAUCUCCGUACAUUAACCAGAUGGCUAUGCAGAGUCAGAUGCAAUUGCCUCAAUUCCCGGUUAUGAACCGGUCAGCUGCACAGAACCAUCCCGGUUUAGUAUGUCAAAAUCCGGUACAGUUGCAGAUGCAAGCACAGAACCAAAUCUUAUCGGAGCAGCUCGCGAGGUACAUGGGCGGGUUUCCACAGAUGCCGGCGGCGACGACUCAGACGCAGGCGGUGCAACAGCCAAUGGACGUUUUAAGAUUUGGGUCUCCGGUGGGACAGCAAAGUCAACUGUCGGCGCCGGUUACCACCGACAGUCUUCGUAUGGGUAAAUUAGGCUAAAGCGGUGGCAUAAUGUUUCUUCUCUUCUCCGAUAUUGUUAUUCUCGGUGAUUAUUAUCUAUUUUUGGAGGCACAAACAUGAAAUUUAAGAAAUGUAUCAUAUAGACAUAAUAAUGUAGUACCAUACUUAUAACUUAUUUAAAACAGUUAAAUGAUACUCAUUUUUAGGUGUUGAAUAAGCGCAUCAUCAUAAAGAUUAAUAUGAUUCCAAAAAGGCUUAGUUGGGCCUCGAACGACAU